ACAAUUCCUCCUUCAUCUUAACCAAAAAACAUAUGUGGGUUUCUUAUAAAAUAUCAUGAGCAACAUCCCAAGUUCAUUAAUCAAUUCUUCUCUUACUCUUUUUCUCCUUACAAUCUCUUCUUCUGACCCUUGGCCUUUUUCUAUCUUUUUCUUAUAACCCUAAUUUCUAAAUUCUUACCCAAGAAAUUAAAUAAAAAAAAGGUUAUAAUUUUCUUUUCUUGUGAAUUCAAAUUCAAAUUUUUUCAUACCAAAAAGAAAAUAUUACCAUGGGGAGUGGUGAGAAACACCAUAUAAACUUCAACCUUCAUUUAUCUCAUCUUCUUAAUCAUCACCAUCAUAAUCAAAGAAAAGAUGAAAUCAAGGGUGUACCAAAAGGGUGCAUGGUAGUUCUGGUGGGCCACGAAGGAGAGGAAAAACUUGAAAGGUUUGUAAUUCCAAUCAUGUAUAUUAAUCAUCCUUUAUUCUUACAAUUACUUAAAGAUGCUGAGGAAGAGUAUGGAUUUACUCAUAAAGGUCCUAUUACUAUUCCUUGCCACGUGGAGCAAUUUCGUAACGUUCAAGGCUUGAUUGAUCGUGAACAUCAUAUGAUGAAUAAUAAUCAUCAUCAUCACCAUCAAAAUCAUCAUCAUCAUCAUCAUUUCUUGUGUUUUAAGGCUUAAUUUUUACGGUGGUGAUUUAGUUUGCUUUUAGUUUGAUUAUUGCGUGAUUGGGAAGAUUUGAAGAUCUUGAUCAGAGAUGUUAAGCAUUGUAACUUGUAAAUUUUUAGGAUCUUGAUUUUUUUUUUGUGGGUUUUUAUUUUUGAUUUUAAUUACCUGAGAUAAUAAUUCAGGUUAUUGUGAUUAAUUGUAGUUGAUAAUGAUGAAAAAUUGGUAAGUAAUAAAUAUAUUAUUAAUAUUAUUA